AUGAACUCUCCGCACCCCACAUGGAUGGAUGUCUUUCCAUUCCCUAAGAUGCGAGAUAAUCUUAUCCGGCGUCAAUCUUCGUUCGAUCAUCAGAGCUUCUUUGUGGACAUUGUCGGUACAGUAUCUAAUGUAGAACCCGCACGCGUGGAUUCUGGCCUCGAGAUCACAAUGCCCAUAUCGAGCCUGUGGAGGGAGCACAACAGCACAACCAUCUUCUUUAGCAACGGUCUCAUUCUCUGGGGUGAGCCUCAUUUGAUGGAGAGCUGGGAGGUGACACCGCAGUUUUACGCCAAGUGGAGCUGA